CUCAGCCUAAGGGCCGCUGCUAGAAGCGUGGGGUGUGGAGGUCGGGCGCCGGCUCUGCGCGCAGGUGGGCAGACAUCAUGGACAUAGAUGCUGAAAGGGUCAGAAUAUCGAAGGAGAUCAGGGAGUUGGAACGGAUUCUGGGCCCCAGCUCUUCGAGCGUCGGCGCGGACAUCUCGGAGUCCAGCCUCGACCCGGAUUCUGCUGCGGAUUCGCUGCCCGACGAGGACUCGGAUGCUGCUGGUCCACUGCUCUUGGAAGGAGAAAGGUGGGGGGAGGCCAGCAAUGAUGAGGACGACCCCAGGGAGAAGGCACUUCCUGAAGACCCAGAGACCUGCCUGCAGCUGAACAUGGUCUACCAGGAGGUCAUCCGGGAGAAGCUGGCGGAGGUCAGCCUGCUGCUGGCCCAGAACCGGGAGCAGCAGGAGGAAGUCAUGUGGGCACUGGUGGGGUGCAAGGGCCCCAAGGUGAAGAACAGCAGGAACCUGCCCUCGAGUCUGUACAUGGGGCACUUCAUGAAGCCCUACUUCAAGGACAAGGUCACCGGAGUGGGGCCUCCUGCCAACGAAGACACGCGGGAGAGGGCCGCCCAGGGCAUCAAGGCUUUCGAGGAGCUCCUGGUGACCAAGUGGAAGACCUGGGAGAAGGUCCUGCUCAGAAAGUCAGUGGUGAGCAACCGCCUGCAGCGCCUGCUCCAGCCCAAGUUACUCAAGCUCGAGUAUUUGCAGCAGAAACAGAGCAGCACCACGAGUGAGGCAGAGAGGCAGGUCCUGGAGAAGCAGGCCAGGGAGGCUGAGAAGGAGGUGCAGGACAUCCAUCAGCUCCCCGAGGAGGCCCUGCUGGGGAGCCGGCUGGACGAGCACGACUGGGAGAAGAUCUCCAACGUCAACUUCGAGGGCAGCCGCAGCGCGCAGGAGAUCCGCAGGUUCUGGCAGAACUGCGAACACCCAAGCAUCAACAAGCAGGAGUGGGGCGCACGGGAGGUGGGCCGGCUGCAGGCCGUCGCGGCCGCACGCGGCCACCUGGACUGGCAGAAGAUCGCCGAGGAGCUGGGGACCCGCCGCAGCGCCUUCCAGUGCCUGCAGAAGUACCAGCAGCACAGCCCGGCGCUGAAGCGCGGGGAGUGGACGGAGGAGGAGGACCGCGUGCUCACCCGGCUGGUGCAGGAGAUGCGCGUCGGCCGCCACAUCCCCUACCGGAGGAUCGUCUACUACAUGGAGGGGAGGGACUCCAUGCAGCUCAUCUACCGCUGGACCAAGAGCCUGGACCCCAGCCUGAAGAAGGGUCUCUGGGCGCCAGAGGAAGACGCGAAGUUGCUUCAGGCAGUCGCCAAGUACGGGGAGCAGGAUUGGUUUAAAAUCCGGGAAGAGGUGCCAGGUAGGAGCGAUGCCCAGUGCCGCGAUCGGUAUCUCAGAAGGUUACAUUUUGGCUUGAAAAAGGGACGAUGGAAUUCCAAAGAAGAGGAAAAGUUAAUUGAAUUAAUAGAAAAAUACGGUGUCGGUCACUGGGCAAAAAUAGCCUCUGAACUACCCCAUCGGACGGGUUCCCAGUGCCUAAGCAAGUGGAAAAUCAUGGUCAGGAAGCGGCAGCGGCGCAGGCGGGGGCGGCGGCCCCCUCGCAGGGUGCGGUGGAGCUCCAGCAGCGGGGACAGCGGCACCGCCAGCGGGGACAUCAGCACCGCCAGCGGGGACUCGGAGCCAGAGGCAGCCCUGGGGGCCCUGACAGGUGGCCGGGCGCUGCUGCCAGCACAGCAUGUCGUGCCUGACGUGGACCUGUGGGUUCCCGUCCGGCAGAGCGCCAGGGAGCUAUGGGGAGGGGGGGCCGGGCGCCGGCCAGGACCCUGUGAUGCCUGCCCCCGCCCUCGCGAGGGCUCCGACCCGGCCCCGGGUGGCCGCUGGGAAGCUUGCGGCACGGCCUCAGCCCCAGCAGAGCCGGCAGGCCGGGCGCGGGCCCCCGCCGGGACCCAGAGCACCAGCCUGAGAGGCGUCAGAUGCCCGUGCUCGACGGACGCUCGCCCCUUGAGCUCCGUGGGGCCGGCGCGCCAGAAGGAGCCGAGGCAGCCGCACGUGCGCAGCGCCGCCCCUGGCGGCGGUGGUGGCAGUGGCGGGGCCGGGCCCUGCGUGCGGCCGCUGUGGCACGGGACCGGGCGGCGGCGCCAGGAACAUGCCCUGCAGAGGAGGCUCCUUGAGCACCAGCUUCUGACGGCCGUGAGCCCGUGGGCGGGCGAGGUCGUCCUGCCACGCGCUCCCCGGAGGCCCGCCGUGGCGCGCAGCCGAGCUGACGGCAUCAGGAGGCGGCUGCAGGGCGCCCGCCUGGCCAGCACCCCGGUGUUCACCCUCUUCAUUCAGGUAAGAAGCCUCUGACGCACAACUUUUUUUCCCUCGUGCGUUGUGUUUCUGGUGGAGUUUUGAAGUUUGUGGUGGAGUCGCUUAAAGUCCAGCUUUUUGAAGUUGUGGAUCCUUAAAAAUGGCUCUUCUGUCACCUACGAUUCUCAGCGUUCAACUCGGCGUGGGAGGGGCAGCCGUGG